AUAGCUCUAAAUCCAAAGCGCUGAUUAUUCCCUACUGUUACUGUUAGUUUAGAUCCAAAAUCAAGAGAAUGAAGGGCACCCACUUCUUCGUAACUAUGGCUGUGUUGGCCUUGGCUUCAACACUUGCCUAUGCUUCUGAUCCAAGCCCAUUGCAGGACUUUUGUGUUCCUGUUAAUGACUCCAAAUUUGGAGUGUUUGUGAAUGGGAAGUUUUGUAAGGACCCGAACCUCGCUACGCCAGAAGAUUUCUUCUUUCCCGGUUCCAACAUCCUUAACCGUCAAAAUACAUCAAACCAACUAGGCUUUACUGUGACUCUAGUGAAUGUGAUGAACUUACCGGGGCUUAACACGCUUGGUAUCUCCUUGGCCAAACUCGACUUUGCUCCCUUUGGGGUUAACCCGCCACAUACACACCCUCGUGCUAGUGAGUUCAUUGUUGUGCUGGAAGGUACCUUAUAUGCAGGCUUUGUCACCUCCAGUCCAGAAAAUCGUCUCUUUGCAAAGAUUCUGUAUCCGGGAGAUGUGUUUGUGUUUGCAGAGGGUCUCAUUCAUUUCCAGUUCAAUGUGGCAAAGACUAAGAACGCCGUCGCGAUUGGUGGUCUAAGCAGCCAAAAUCCUGGGGUUAUUACCAUUCCGAAUGCAGUAUUUGAGUCCAAUCCCAAGAUUAACCCUGAUGUUUUGACCAAGGCAUUUCAACUGGACAAAAAGGUGGUUGAUUAUCUCCAAACAGUCUUCUAACUCUUGAGAGACAACAACCAAACAAAUAUUAAUUGGAUGCUUUUGUCUGCUAAUAAUAAUUAAAUUAAUGUCACAAAUAGUGGGUUCAUACCGGUGCUAGCUACAGUGUCAUUUUCUUUAAAAUUCUCGUAUUGUUGUAAUUCAAUGAAAUAGUUUUGAACUAUAAGUUAGUCACUAUCUUGUAUAUACCCUACGUGUAUAUGACAUGAUAGUCUAUCUAUAUAUAUUCUGAAAUGUUAUAGAAUCUUGCUGUAUGUACCCUACAAAUACAAGGCAAUUCAAAGUUCUUACUAUCUCUGGGUCAAAUGUUUAGCUGCUAUUUGUUGUAGUUGGGCUUGUCCUAAUCGCUG